AUGGAGGACGUCGAUAGAUGUGAGGAGGCGCUUAUUGAGUAUGCCAUUCGAGAGAGUAUUCGAGAUGUAUCAAUAGACAGGUAUUCAGAAAAUGGAGAGGAUUACAUUCAUGUAUUAUUCGCACAUCCCACAAUAACUUUGUCACCGCUCCCUGACUUUGUUUACCCAUAUCUCAACAGCAUGCCAACAGUCAGUGGUGACUAUCUGAGGAUAGUGACUGCCAUUGAGCAAGGUGAUGUGUGUACCCUGCAGGAGCUGUCUGGGUUGCAGGCUUUCACAGAGAGGGACAGCAGAGGGUGGCUUCCCCUACACAGAGCCGUCGUGCAGUCCCAGGAACAGGUCUUGGAUCAGGUCCUGCUGGCUUCCUGUGAUGGGACUGUGGAUGAUGUGACUGCAGACGGGGACACAGCGUUGAUUCUGGCUGCUCAGGAGGGUCUGCUGGAGAAUGUCAGGACUCUACUGCAGCAUGGAGCGUCUCCACACAAAACCAACAGCCUGAAUGAGUCCCCACUGCUGCUUGCGGUGAGACAGGGAUCAUAUGACAUGGUGUCCACUCUGAUCAAUUGUGGGGCCUUCGUGGAACAGGUGUGUCUGAAGAAGUGGAUGGCCAUUCACGAGGCAGCCAAGGUGGGCUGCAGUGCCAUCCUGGUGCUUCUGCUGAGACAUGGGGCCAAGGUGUCAGCUGUAGAUGGGCACAAUGUCACCCCGCUGGGCAUCGCAGCAUCGUACGCCCAUGCCGAGGUCCUGGAUAUACUCAUAAAGAACGGUGGCGACGUGAACGCCCAGGCAUAUAACGGAGACACUGUUCUGUACGAUGCAGCCGGCUCAGGGAACCUGGACUGCAUAUACCUCCUCCUGCAAGCUGGAGCCAACCCUAACAUUGCCAGUCUAGCCUGCCAGCUGCCCAUACACAGAGCUGCCUAUGAGGGACACAUCCUUGCUCUGAGGACCUUCAUCCCCAUCACCACUAAGAGGGCCAUCCGUCUGUCUGGCCAGAGCCCAGUCCACUCUGCAGCAGAUGGCGGCCAUGUUGACUGUCUGGAGCUGCUCAUAGAGAAAGGCUUCGAUGUCAACGCUCAGCUGGACGUACACAUCUCAGAGAGCUACGGGGACAUGAGGCGGAGUCCACUGUACUUCGCCGUAUCCAACAGUGAUGUCACCUGCACAGAGAUGCUGCUGGCCGCCGGGGCCAAAACUGACAUGGACCCGCUACACUGCUUCCUGGUGGCUGUACGCGCUGGGAGGUAUGAGCUGGUGCGUCUGCUAUUGUCCAGGGGUGCCGAAGUCAACUGCUACUUCAGAAUGAUCAGUGACACACUGUUUCCCACCGCGUUGCAGUACUGUCUCAGAGAUCACAAGAUUCUGCGCCUGCUGCUCAACAACGACUACGACGUAGACAAGUGCUUCCUGUGUAACCAUGGCAACAGACAGGAUAUGGACUGCGACUCCUGGGUCGACUACCAACAUAACCAUAGAAGAACUUUAUUUUAUAACCAGGACUACAGAGCCUCGUUCUGUGAAAUCAUCUCCCUGUCGUCGGUGGUCAACCUGGCGGGGAGUGUGGUACAGAUGCUUCUGGACUACGUCAGACACCCACGUAUCUGCCCCAACCUCCUACGGGUCCUGGAGAAACAGAAAGAGUGGCCAGACAUCUGUGGCAUUCUGGACAACCCGCGGUCCCUGCAGCACCAGUGUCGUUUGGUCAUUAGGAGACAGAUGACCCCUAGAAGACUGAAUGACCCUCAGGUCAUGGCUGCCGUCCCGUUCCCCCCGACACUCAAACACUACCUCACCUACAGGGAGUACGACGAGUAUGGUGGGUUGGAAGCCUCACAGUCAUAACUGGACUAUA